AUGUCCUACUACAACACCUUAUGGUUAGAGGAGGUACCUCGAGGACACUAUCCAUCAAAUGGUAGCAAAUCUCCAAUAGUUCAUGCAAGGGCAGGCCACCAUCAACAACCAGACUUCACAGGCCAUCAUGAUAUUAGAGGAUCCCUAACAAGGUUGACCAAAUCCUUGAGCACCCAGGAGAAGGGAAAAUUCCCUGCUCAACCACAACCUAACCCUCAGGGGCAGGUUCGUCAAGUGUCAGAGGCAGUUGAGACAUCCAAUAUUAAACUAGUAAAAGUUGUAACAACUUUGAGAAGUGGAAGAAUUCUGGUAAGUCCGGCCACUCCUGACCCAACCAUCAUUGGUAAGAAUUCUAACCCUAUGCAUGUUGAAACUGAAGUGAAAAACUGGCAAGCACCUGCACCUUUUCCUACAAGGCUAACCCUUGUGCACAAAGAUAAGAAUCAUGUUGAAAUUUUUGAAAUUUUUAAACAAGUGGGAAUAAAUAUACCUUUGUUAGAUGCUAUUCAAAAGAUUCCCACUUAUGAAAAAUUUCUUAAAGACUUGUGCACCAUUAAGAGAAAACUGAAUGUAAAAAAGAAAGCCUUUCUCACUGUACAAGUUAGUGCAAUCAUACAAAGCAACACCCCUCCCAAGUAUAAGGACCCAGGUUCACCCACCAUUGCUUGCAUGAUCAGAAACUCAAAAAUUGGGCAUGCAUUACUUGAUUUUAGGUCUAGUGUCAAUUUGUUGCCCUACUGUGUUUAUCAAAAACUUGGCCUAGGGGAGUUGAAGUCUACUUCCAUUACCCUACAACUAGCUGACAGGUCAAUAAAAAUACCUAGAGGGGUAGUGGAUGAUGUUCUAGUUUAG